AUGGCUACCGCUGAAGCCGUAGAUGUGCGGAAUGUCACCACCAUCGGCCAUGUCGAUCAUGGCAAAACGACCAUGAUGGACGCGCUCUUGGCCGCCAACAGUAUAAUCUCUACGAGGAUGGCUGGGAAAAUCAGAUACCUCGACAGUCGUGAAGACGAGCAGGAGCGGGGGAUCACCAUGGAAAGCAGCGCCGUCUCUCUCCGCUUCAACGUCAUGGAGCGGACUUCAGAAGGAGAAUCUCGCCCGAAGACCUAUGUAGUCAAUAUGAUAGACACCCCUGGCCACGUAGAUUUCUCGAGCGAGGUAUCCACCGCCUCGCGGCUCUGUGACGGCGCCUUGGUUCUCGUGGACGUGGUUGAGGGCGUCUGCACCCAGACAAUCACGGUGCUUCGUCAGGCGUGGCAGGAUCGUCUCCGUCCCAUCCUGGUCAUUAACAAGUUUGAUCGCCUCAUCACCGAACUCAAGCUAGCGCCGAUCGAAGCAUAUCACCACCUGUCCCAGCUGAUCGAGCAAGUCAAUGCGGUCAUGGGCGGGUUCUUUGCGAGCGACCGCAUGGAAGACGAUCUCCGCUGGAGAGAGGAGCGUGAACGGCGGCUUGCGGCGAAGAAGGAGCAGCAUGCUCAGGAAGUCGAUGCAACGGUUAAUGAAGAGGACGAGUACCAAGAAAAGGAUGACGAGGACAUCUACUUCGCGCCCGAGCGGGGCAAUGUCGUUUUUGCGUCUGCUAUCGACGGCUGGGGCUUCCGUAUAGGCAAAUUCGCGCACCUGUACGCGGUGAAGCUCGGGAUCAAGGAAGCUAAUCUGCGCACGGUGCUUUGGGGAGAUUUCUACCUGGACCCGAAGACGAAGCGGGUAAUCAGCCACAAACACCUCCGCGGUCGUACAUUGAAGCCACUUUUCGUGCAAUUCGUCUUGGAUAACAUUUGGGCUGUGUACGAUGCUGUAGUCACCAACCCGAACCCCGACAAGGUUUCCAAAAUCAUCACUACGCUUGGCCUCAAGGUUCCGCCACGUGAACAAAAAUCGAAGGACACCCGCCAACUACUGUCCGCCAUGUUCUCACAAUGGCUACCGCUGUCCACGUGCGUGAUCCAAACGAUUGUCGACAUCGUCCCGCCGCCCUCUGCUGCUCAGCGCAUCCGUAUACCGAAGAUGCUCUACCCAGACAUCUAUGAGACCACAAUAGAGCCGAAGAACAAGCUCGAGGAGGUCCUUUACUCGUGUAACGACGCGCCCGAUGCACCCAUCGUCGCGCUCAUCAGCAAGAUGUUUGCUGUCCCGACGAAGGAGCUUCCCGGGAAGAAGAAAAAGGCGCUCACCGCAGACGAGAUGCGCAGCCGCGCGAAAGCCGCAAGAGAGGCUCAUGCCGCCGCCAAGACUCAGGAAAGCACUGCUUCAGAAACAUCUACAACCGUGCUUGAGAACGCCUUGCAGAACGUCGAGCUCGCCGACAAACCCGAAGACGCCGACGCCGACGCGGAGGGGGACGCGGGGGAGGAGACGCUACUCGGUUUCGCGCGCAUAUACUCGGGCACGAUCCGCACGGGCACCACCAUUCUGUGUGUGCUCCCGAAGUACAACGCCUCCCUAGGACCCACGCACCCCCGCAAUGUCGCGCAUGUAGUUCCGGCGCGCGUGGAGGAGCUGUACACGAUGAUGGGCCGCGAACUCGUCCCGGUAGACAGUGUACGGGCGGGCAACGUGUUCGCAGUGCGUGGCCUCGAAGGUAAAGUCUGGCGCAGCGCGACGGCGUGCGCGCCGUCUACGCACGGUGUGGACGAGACGAAGCCGGACCUCGAGGGUGCGAAGGAUUGCCUAGUCAACAUGGCUGGGGUCAUUCGUUACGCAGCCCCGAUCGUACGCGUGGCACUCGAGCCAGAGCACCCUGCGGACAUGCCGAAGCUUAUUCGCGGCCUCAAGCUGCUGAGCCAGUCUGACCCGUGCGUGGAGACAUUUCAGCAGCAAACCGGCGAGCACGUCAUUCUUACUGCGGGCGAGCUGCACGGAGAGGCGAACGUUCAGAGGUGCAUUAGGGACCUGAAGGAACGUUUUGCCAAGAUCGAGAUUCAUGCCUCUGAGCCCAUCGUACCUUUCAGGGAGACAGCGGUCAAAGGCGCCGACAUGGCACCUCCUAAGACACCCAACGCCAAGCGGGGCACACUCCACGGCGCAGCCGCGCACGACCUCGCAAAGUUCACUAUCCGCGCAGCGCCGUUACACCCUUCGAUCCACGAGUUCCUUCUAGACAACCUCGCGAUCCUCCGGCGCAUGCAACAGGAACGCAAGGCCGGCGAGGUGGAGCUUACCGCAGACGAGGAAGACGUGCUCGCGGACGAGAGCUAUGACAUGCAGGGCGACUAUAUCAAGAAGCCCACCGUCAAGGCGGAGGAGUUCUGGCCCGAGCUGCAGGCACGCUGCCGCAAAGCGGGCGGAGAAUGGGCGGACCUGGCUGAGAAGGUGUGGGCAUUCGGCCCGCAGCGGAUGGGCUCGUGUGUCCUUAUCGACGCGCGGCAGGGCGAGUCGAACUCGCUCCGUAAACGGCUGGCGCAGAUGAAGGCAGGAGACCCUGUCAAGGAGCAGGACCCUGUCGCUGGAGCCUUCGAAAAUCAUCUGGAGACAGGCUUCCAACUGGCGACCUUCCAGGGUCCGUUGUGCGCGGAGCCAGUAGAAGGGAUGGCGUACUUCGUCGAGGCGGUUACGCUCGACCAAGCCGGCAUCGCGGAAGAGCAAGCGCACAACCGCAUGGCACACCUUACAGGGUCAUUCAUCUCCGCCGUGCGGGACGCCUGCCGGAACGGACUUCUCGACUGGUCUCCACGGCUCAUGCUCGCUAUGUACACCUGUGACAUCCAAGCGUCCACGGACGUGCUGGGCAAGGUGUACGGCGUCGUGGCCAGGCGGCGCGGCAAGAUUGUCGCUGAAGAGAUGAAAGAAGGCACCGAAUUCUUCAGCGUGCGUGCGAAGCUGCCGGUCGUGGAGAGCUUCGGUUUUGCGGACGAUAUCCGCAAACGCACGUCCGGCGCAGCGAGCCCGCAGCUUAUCUUCAGCGGGUAUGAAAUGCUUGAUCUGGAUCCUUUCUGGGUGCCCACUACCGAGGAGGAGCUUGAGGACCUCGGCGAGAAGGCGGAUCGCGUCAAUGUCGCCAAGACAUACAUGGACCGGGUACGCGAGCGCAAGGGCUUGUUUGUCGACCGAAAGAUCGUGGAAUUCGCGGAGAAGCAGCGUACGCUGAAGCGGUAG